UUACUCCCAAGCCCGUCAUUUCAGGAAUACCGCAACGCUGUCGUAGCUGCUGCAGAUCUGGUCGUUUUACUCGAACGCGUUUUAAUGCUGGUGAAUCCAUAUAUUGACUGACUGACUUACUGACUGGAACGAAGUUUCAUUUUCAAGACAGUUGAGAUCUGUGUCUGUGUCUAACAAGUGGAGGCGACAACUGAACGGUCAUCAUGGCAGAAAACAACUUCCCUCCUCUGCCUCGAUUCAUCCCCCUCAGGCCAUGUUUUUAUCAAGACUUCAAUGAGAUCCCAGACCAACAUCGUACCAUGUGCAAAAGGCUCUACUACCUAUGGAUCUUCAACAGCGCUACACUGGCCGUCAAUCUGAUCGGCUGUCUGGCGUGGAUGUGUGGAGGCGGUGGAGCAACCAACUUCGGCAUGGCCAUCCUGUGGCUCAUCCUCUUCACACCUUGCUCCUACGUGUGCUGGUUCAGGCCCAUCUACAAGGCCUUCAAGACGGACAGCUCUUUCAACUUCAUGGCUUUCUUCUUCGUCUUCAUGGCGCAGGUGGUGGUCAGUAUUAUCCAGACUGUUGGCAUUCCAGGCUGGGGUGUGUGUGGCUGGCUGGCUACCAUCACCUUCUUCAGCACCAACAUUGGAUCAGCUGUGGUCAUGUUGAUUCCCACCAUCAUGUUUACUGCGGUGGCCAUACUGUCCUUCAUCGCCCUCACUAAGGUACACAACUUCUACCGUGGUACGGGGGGCAGCCUGGAUAAGGCCCAGGAGGAGUGGGCCAGCGGGGCUUGGAAGAACCCCCACGUCCAGCAGGCAGCCCAGCAGGCGGCAAUGGGAGCUGCCCAGGGAGCCGUGCAGCAGAACCAGUACUCAGCAGCUCCCACCUACAACUACGACGAGCCGAUGUAGGCCAGAGGAAGGGGGGCCGGGCUGCCGCGUGGGAGAGAUGGAAAGGGAUCAAUUAAGAACACAAGUCAGAAUUGGGCGCCCUUUGUUGUCAUGCUUGAGUAAUUCAUGUCUUUGGUGGAAGCGUACCGUAAUUGGAUUCGGACAUUCAUGGAAUUAAUAUUUAAGUCACUUCACAUUUAAACCAACAGCCAGCUAUGAAGAAAAGUUGUUUUAUUUUUUUGUUAAUCAGUUUUAGCUGGUCUGUGUGUGUGUGUUGCUUUCCAAAGGAGACACAUCAUAAAGCUAAAAGUCUCCUGAGCUUCAUUCGAUUAAUGAGGUUGGCUCGUCUGUGGUCACCACACAGCGACCUCUCUGACCUGGCCUGUCACACUCUUAAAACAUUGCUCGGUCACCAAAUGCUAAAUAUAUUUACCCUCAGUGUAGCUGCUGUGUCAUUAAAGGGACAGGUCAACAAAUUUAUUUGCUUUCUGUAUGAAUCUAGUCUUUUAGGUUUAGGGUAAAAUUAUUACUUAAGUUUAUUAUUUGGGACCAUAAUAUAUUUUUUUGUAGUAGCCAAUUGUUUUUUUUUUUACUUAUCAUGUAAUCUUAAUGACUUUUUGUCAAAUAAUAUGCUGUUCAACAAGAUCAAAGUCAGACAAAAAUAGCAUUUCAAAUUUAAAAAUGAAUAAUUACAAAAAAAACAGCAUCAUGAAUUAAAAAAUAAAAUAAUUGUCUCAAACUAAAUUUAAAUUACAAGACUAAAUGUAUGAAGCAGGUAUUUCUCCAAAUUCCCAAAACUUUGGAUAUUAUAAAACAUUGUUUACGGUAGAUGUUUUGGUGACCUGGUUCUGGUUUUCUUCACUGAUGAGAAGUUGCUUCAAUGAACCUCUCCGUUAAAUUCAGCAUACUUGUUCUCGGGAAAGGUUUUAAAUUUUAGACGUCCUCAAAAUUCAGUAAAUGGUUAUUACAAUGA